GAGACAUCCAGUAGCAGCUUGGUUGGCUUGGUCAAAGUUCAAUACCUAGCAUAUCCGGCACAAGCAUGCCGCCGGUGACCAGGCUUCUCUUAGCCGCCUUGGCCUUCUUUUCAAGUCCCAGCGCGGGCUCUGGUGAUGUCACCAGCCGCACCGAGCGCUCCGAGCUCGGAUCGUGCCGUUGCGACUGGUGGUUGAGUAGUCAUGCGACACCCAGGUAACAACUGGGCCGUCCUGGUGGAAACCUCGAAGUAUUGGUACAACUACCGACAUGCUGCCAACACGCUGUCCUUCUACCACACGGUGAAGCGUUUGGGAAUUCCGGACUCCCAGAUCAUUCUGAUGAUGGCAGAGGACGUGCCAUGCAACUCCCGAAACAGCAAGCCGGGCACUGUCUUCAACGAGAAGCAUCACAAGUUGAACCUCUAUGGCACCGAAGUGGAGGUGGACUACAGAGGAGAUGAAGUCUCGGUGGAGAACUUCUUAAGACUUCUUACAGGAAGACAUCCUCCAAGCACACCUCGCAAUAAGCGCUUGCUCACUGAUGCCUCCAGCAACAUCUUCAUUUUCAUCACCGGCCACUCCGGUGAAGAGUUCAUCAAGUUCCAGGAUUGGGAGGAGCUCACCUCCAAUGAUAUCGCAGAUGCUUUCAAGCAAAUGCAGCAGCAGCGUCGCUACAAGCAGAUCUUCUGGGUGAGCGACACCUGCCAAGCAGCUACGCUGCAGAAUCAGUUCUACUCCCCUGGGAUUUUGGCCAUUGGGAGCAGCGGAAAGAAGGAGAACAGCUACAGUCACCACAUUGACCAUGAGCUUGGGGUGGCGGUCAUCGAUCGCUUCACCUUCCAUGCGCUGGACAAGCUGGAGCGCUUGGCUCCCUCUUCACCUGAGACUGUGAAGUCUUUCACCACCUGGUUCAACCCGCAGUUGCUGAAGGCGCAUCCGGAGCUGCGUUCGGACCUCUUCGAGCGGAAUCCGGGGCAGACGCUCCUCACGGAGUUUUUAGCCUCCACUGGCAGGCCUCGAUUUCAGGGCGGGCUUCUACCAGUUGCUGCAGCGCGCAAGGACAUAGCUCUGGCGGACUUGAUGGCCUCGCGCAACACCACCUGUGCAGCUUGUGCAAGUUCACAGCCGGAAUUGCAGCCAUCGCACAGCUUCGAGGUUUCAUUCAGCGGCCAGCAGCUUUGGCAGCAGCUCAAGGCGAAGAUGCAGCUUGCAGUGGAUGCGACAUUCGACCAGAAAGAGGUCAAUCGAGGAUCAUUUCUACUUUGGAUGUUGGGCUUUGGCGCUCUUUGCCUCACCUCUGCUGUGGUCCUCUGACCAUUGCCGUGUCACUGGAGAAAAGCCAAACGCGAAGCGGCGCGAAGCGGACAGCGCU